AGUGAGCGAAGACAACAGUGUAAGAAUGGAGCUACGCAAUGGGAUUCCCAAAUCACUGGAAGAACUCAUCGAAGAGGUCAAGAAUGCAUGUGGAUUAGUAGGACACAUAAGACUGCAGUACAAGGACACUGAUUUUGGGAACAUGUUUGUGAAUCUGCACAGCAAAGAAACAACAGACAAGCAAUAAAAGAAAAGAUGGCAAAGACAUUUGGAUACCGGAGACAAGAAAUUGUGCAUAAGAAGCCGAGCAUUGAAGACGUCUUCGAGAGAUGGCCUGCACUUUUUCAGAUGGAAGAGAUCAAUGCCGAGUUCAUGCGAAUUACAACAGUUCCCUUGGAGACAAAGUUCUUGGCGCAGUUGGACAAGCACUCCACCAAACUGUUGGAGGUCAUCAGGAGCAAGGGAGGAGUUGUGAAAGAGAAGACCACCAAGAUCUUGCAGGUUUUAGAUGAGACUGUGGACAUCACCAUCAGAAGAGAAUGCAUCCUCAAAUCUCUGAUAAUCUACCUCGGCGAACCUCUUGAGCACCUUAUCAAAGAAUACCAGGAAAAUGAAGUUGAAGAACUGGAGCAGACAACCAUGGCGAUCUUUAUCACUGGGAAAGAGGAUCCUCUCCAUCCACCAAAAGACAUUAAAAUUGUCAUCGAAGGAACAGAGGUCCUGAACCAGUGUCCCUCGGUUGCAAACGCUUUUGCCAUGGUCUUUGGGCUCAUAUACACACUUAACCUAAAAUAUCCGAAAAGGCUGCAGUUCACCUUUGAGUUUGUGCAAAAGGUCCUGAUGGAGCUUGAUGGAAAAAAGAUGACCCCAAAAGUCACUAGACUGACCACCCAGCUGUACAGCACAGAGUAGGCAGAGCUGAAUUGCACAGACUUGCUUGAUUUUAUUUUCCAUUUGUGUUUAAUUUUAUGGUGUUUUAAGAGGUUGCACUUACAAAGCUGCAUUUUCACAGCAGCAUUUAGAAAUGUGGCUGCCCAAGUUCGAUGGCUACCAGGCUCAAAGGCCGAAGUAGGCCAAGUGUUCUGAAAUGUUUGUAGUUAAAUUUUAUGGUGUUUUAAAGCCAAGACUUCGGAUCCUUUUGUAAGAGGUUGCACUUACAAAGCUGCAUUUUCACAAGCAGCAUUUAGAAAUGUGGCUGCCCAAGUUCGAUGGUUACCAGCCUCAAAGGCCAAGUGUUAUGGACAACUGGAGAGACUGAUUGCAGUGUUUUCAGUGUAUGCACAGAUUUGUAUGAAAGAGUUUAGAUUUUCAGACCAAUGGAGAGGGCCAGGAGCUUGCUAAAUUGCAUAUAAAUUAGUUGCUUACAGCUCUGUAUCAGAAACUGUCAGUGUCUUAGGAGUUCCACUGUUCACUGUCUGAGGAACAGUUCCAGGAUUUGUCUCUGGUGUUCAGCUGAAAGAAACUGUUCAUCAUCAUAUACAUUUGUAUAAAGACAGUAUUGUAUACCUGUUUAAACAUUUAAUUGUAUUUUAGGAUGUUUUAUGGUAAUGAAAAUGUGUUCUGUCAGGACAAACCUUCCUAAUUUAAUAUUCAUACAUUGUAA